UUAUGCAAAAAUAGUCAUUUUUUUAGUCUAACUGGGUCGGAAGCAUUUGAGAAGGCAUUCAUUAUUUUUCAUUGUCAGUUUAAGUUUAGUUAAAAAUGAAAAAUAUUAAGAUAUAUACGGCUGUUUUUGUACUCUCUCUAGCUUUCAAUGGAUUGAUGGCCCAAUCAGAAGAAAUUUUUGGACAAUUUGAGUUUAUUGAAUAUAUCAAUAGUUUAUUCGAUAACGCUCUUGAUGUGAUUCAUCAGCUUCUGCAGGAAAACAACGCACAGUUGCGUAAUGGCGUCAAUAAUUUUGUUAACUUUCUCAAGAGUGUACUACCCCCAUUACCGUCGCCUCUUCCCAGCUUACCAUCGCUUCCAGAUCAAAUGGAAAUUAGUGAUGCUUUGUAUAAAUAUGUAAGAGAAAUUUUAGAAUACUUCUCUAAAGUAAUACCGAUAGCUCAAAAGGUUCUAAAGGAUCUUCCACCAAUGUCGCUUCCUGACCUACCCAGUACACUUGAUCUAGAGGCAAUAAAUAUUGUUAUAAGUCCUUGGCUGAGAGAGCAUCAGGGUAUAAUUGUUAUUGCAAUUCUCAAGAUUUAUUCUCAAGUACCACCGCCACCAAAGAUGCCUGAGCUAAUUGUGAACGUUGCGAAUGACUACAUCGACUUAUUCAGCAACUUAGGAGAUGUAUCUCAAACUAUGGUUGGUAUAUUAGCGCAAAUAUUGGUUCCAGCAAUUCCACCUGAUGUUCAAUUCCUGGUAAAUGCUGCCGUUUCGAGCCUUCUACCUGAACUAAGUAUAGGUUUACCACCAGCAGUAAUUUUAAGCUAGACUACAAAAUUUGUAAUUUAUAAUUUGUAAUAAUUUGUAAUAACGCCGUUCGUAACUAUUUUUGUUAUUUAAGAAAAAUACAUAUUUGUGGAUAA